CAGAUUGUAAAGGCAGAAACUCACAAAUGUCAUAAGCAAGCAGCUGCGUGCGGCAAACACGGGCCAGGUGCCCAUGACAGUCCAGGUCAGCCUGCUGGAUUUUCCGUGGGUGCUCGACUACAUCCUUGCUACUCGCUUCAACUGCUCGCUGAGACAGAUCCGCCAUGCUGUCUGCAGUAUUGUGCUGACACUGCGCACCAUACUCUCUGCAGCAGUGGAGCUGGGUCUCUUGGUCUCACAAGAUGCAGAAAUUGAUGGGUCAGUCUCGGCCAAGCCCUUCAUCGACAACAUGAUUCAUGUCAUCAGCGAGUGCCUGAAGAACUUUCCUUUGUGCUUAGACUCCGAGUUUUUCCACUCGUUCCUAGAGCCGUUGCCAAGUCACCUUCGAUUUCUGUGCGGCAAUUUCCACCCGCUGACUCACAUGCAGUUUGAGGAUUCCGCGAAGCAGAAAGCCUUCGAAGCUCAGACAAAGGCAAUAACGCAGGCUUUGUCCGAGCUGCCUUCGCAGUGUUCCAAUUUGGAGCUCUACAUGAGUUCCCAAGAGCCCGUGUUGAAGCAGAUACAGCUCAUCAAGGAACAUCUUCGAGCGCCUCUUUGGAUGCUUAUGCACGACUUUCGAAGUUUGCAGGGCGAGGAGAAACUUUUGGUCGAGGAUGUUCGACAAGCUGUCAGAUCAACUGCCGAGUUACAGGCUCGGGAAACAGGAGAGCUCCCUACGUGGCCACAGGUGCUUGGCGACACACUGCUGUUGCUGCUGCCCUUGUGGAAGCUUUCGGCACUGGCUGUGGCCAAGGGUCAGGACCAGCUGACCAACUUUGUUGCUGGACCGCCGCUCGGCGCAAAUCUUGGAGCACAGCGGUUGCUCCGACGUCUUAUAGAAGUUCUCCUCAGUGAAAAGGCAGACUUCAUGGACAUCGCACUAUGGUUUGCAGCCGAACCAUCAUCGGCAGCGCUCUUGACAAGUGGGGAGGCUGUGCGCUUCCUUUUGCCUGAGGCUGCAAAUGACGAUGAGUUUGUCAGCUUUCGGCAAGAAGGCUUGCUUCGUACACAGGAGAAUCUGUCGUACCUGCAGGGUCACCUGCUUAGGCUUCCCAAGCACUUGCGUGUGCAUGUCUCAUCCUACUGGAGAAAGGCCGUGGAAGAGGUGCAUCUCUACCUGCAGCUCUAUUUGAGAGUCAUCGAGGCUUUCCUGGAGGUGCAAAAGGAGGUCCACAGCUUUGUGCAGAGUCAGUUGUUCAUGGAGGUUUUGCUAGGGCUGCCUUUGCUUACCUGGCUGUCUUCUGACGGGUCAGUCAGCCAAGAAAUUCGUGCUUAGAAGUUGCUCAAAUCAUAG